GCCUGUCAGUAGUCGUCUAUAUGUACCCUGUAGAACCGAAUUUGUGUCCAAAACAUGAAACUCGCAAAUACGUCUCUACAGGAAUACAUGGGCGACGUAAAAGCCACGAAAGCCAAGUUGGGUUUGUAUUCAUCUCAAUCAGAAGCACGUGACUUUGCAUGAAAGUCUCGUGUGCUUACUAUUACAAGUGGAGUAGUUUGAAUGAACAGGGGCUACUGCACGAAGACAAACAUACUAGCCAAAAUUGUGCAGGUCGUAGAAGUGGAAAUAUGUGAUCAUUUAAAGCCUUUAUAGAUUAAUUAAACACCAGAUCUGCUCUCAACCUCCACAUUUUGCCUGAAGCCGUGGACCCAUGAGGUAACUGUACAAAUAUAAUUUCUAACGCAGUUUCACAUAGCAUACAGAAAUUAUAAAGAUAACCACACAUCGAUAAAUGUGCCGGGUAGCCAGGAAAUUUGCUUUGCGCUGGCAUGUACAGAUUAAAGAUAGAAAAUAUGCUCAUUCUGAUGUAUUUAUUUGCCUUCGUGUUAAACCUGCUGUAAUGCAAAGUGUGGUAAAAAGAAAAAAGAAAAAAAAAAGCACCAAAUAGCGCCGUGCAAUUAUUAGCCGUGGAUUAAGCGUAUCUCUAAGUAACGUUACAUUCAAAUGUGGAUUUUUUAAAAUUUCAUUAACUUUUUUUAUUUUUUUUUAAACGGUGUAAUUAGCGAAAAUCUUUUAGGCAACGGAACACACGAACAAGUUAACUGAGAAAAAUGUCUAGGUGCUGUGACAUGAUCCGAGAAGAUUUGGCCAUUGUGUAUGAGUAUGAGAGAGCAAGAAAGGGGAGAGAGAGAGAGAGAGAGAGAGAGAGAGAGAGAGAGAGAGAGAGAGAGAGAGAGAGAGAGAGAGAGAGAGAGAGAAGAGAGAGAGAGGGAUAGAGAGACUGAAAGACUUCGCGGACAAUGGCGGAAAAUUGAAGGUAUAUUUGCGAAAGCUGUGGUUCCUUAUCCGGGGACUACAUCGCCCCAUGCCAUUGGGCCAUCGAGUCACGUGGUUAAAGUAACUUUACAGGGUUGCUCGCUAGUAGGAGGGCUUUAUGGAGCAGAAAAACGACAAAGCUAGAAAAAUUAUUUUCCACUCCAGAAAUUAAUGAUCAUGAGCUCGUAUUUGAUGGACUCUAACUACAUCGAUCCGAAAUUUCCUCCUUGCGAGGAAUAUUCGCAAAAUAGCUACAUUCCCGAACAUAGCCCCGAAUAUUACAGCCGUGCAAGGGACAGCGGCUACCAGCAUCACCACCAGGAGUUAUACCCUCCGCGGGCGAGCUACCAGGAGCGUCAGUAUAACUGUGCAAGCAUCCCUGAGCCUGAUACUCAAAGAGGACAUGGACUGCCUCACGCGGGGCACCUGCUCGGGAAAGGGCAAUCUGCCUCAUGUGAGCCCCCACCGUUACCCCUGUCUCCCGCCACCCCUCCGGCUGCAUCCUCCGCCUGCAAUCAAGCCACCCCGGAGCAUCCCAACAGCUCAGCUUCUGCCAAACAACCCGUAGUGUACCCCUGGAUGAAGAAAAUUCACGUCAGCACCGUGAACUCUAGUUACAAUGGAGCGGAACCCAAGCGGUCUAGAACCGCUUACACUCGCCAGCAAGUCUUAGAAUUGGAGAAGGAAUUCCACUAUAAUCGCUACUUAACGCGGCGAAGACGUAUCGAGAUUGCGCAUUCCUUGGUCCUCUCGGAAAGGCAAAUCAAAAUUUGGUUUCAGAACCGCAGGAUGAAGUGGAAAAAAGACCAUAGGCUGCCAAACACCAAAGUCAGAUCCUCUUCCUCCACGGGCAUUUCCUCCGGGUCCAACACAAGCUCAGCGGCUGGCGUUGUGGCGGCAGCUUCCACCACUAACACCAUGUCAGCCUCCGAGGACCUCUCCGGAACCGAGCGUGGCGAGGAUAUUACAAGGAUAAUCAUUCGAAAUUGCAAAAUAGCUGAAGAAUGCAGAGGAAAACGGAAUCCUCGUUUGGUUGCUUUCCAGCACUUUACAACUCAAACAGCCAGCGCGCGAGGCUAUUGGAGGAGGCCGUCACGUGACCGCACUGUUUACCCUUGUUGGAAAACAAUUAAAGACGGCAGAGAGCGGUUCUGCGUGGAGACAACACGCCGAAGAGGAUUCGUCAAAACGUUAUGAAGGCCAUAUGUGGAACUUUCAAAAACUCUCUGAACAUCCCUACUCGUCCUCUGCUGGUGUCAGCCGCUCCGCGAAUGAAACGACAGACUCCUUGGACCGGGCGAACGCAACGGAAAGAGACGAGGGGUGCAAG